AUAAAAAAAUCCCAACGCAAAAACGCUUCCCAAAUUAUAUUAAAAAGGAAAGAAGAGAUUAGUUUGUUGACUUCAGAUCAGAUCCCCAAACCCUGUUAAGAGUUUCGAAUUCUCCAUUGCUAUUGAUUUUAGUUGAAAUGGAGAAGUACGAAGUUCUUAAGGAUUUGGGUGCUGGAAGUUUCGGUGUUGCUAAGCUUUGUAAGCAUAAACAAACCAAAGAGCUUGUCGCCGUGAAGUUCAUAGAACGUGGUCCUACGAUCGAUGAGAAUGUAGAAAGAGAGAUUAUAAACCAUCGUUCGCUUCGCCAUCCAAAUAUUGUUCGUUUCAAAGAGGUUAUUUUAACCCCAACCCAUUUGGCUUUGGUGAUGGAAUAUGCUUCUGGGGGAGAACUUUUCGAAAGAGUUUGCAGUUGGGGUCGUUUUGGAGAAGAUGAGGCAAGGUAUUUCUUCCAGCAACUGAUUUCUGGAGUCAAUUAUAUUCAUUCAAUGCAAAUAUGUCAUAGAGAUUUGAAGCUAGACAAUAUCCUUUUAGAUGGAAAGAAAUCCCCGCGCUUGAAGAUAUGUGAUUUUGGCUACUCGAAGCAAAUAUGUCAUAGAGAUUUGAUGCUAGACAAUAUCGUUUUAGAUGGAAGCCCAACCCCGCAAUUCAAGCACAGUAAUAUUGGCUUCUCCAAGCAUUCAAAACCAAAGACAAAUGUUGGUUCUGCAACAUACGCAGCACCAGAGGUUAUAUCUCACGGACAUUAUGAUGGAAAGAUGGCAGAUGUAUGGUCUUGUGGAGUUACUCUCUAUGUUAUGUUGGUCGCUGCAUAUCCUUUUGAAGAUGAAAAUAAUACUAAAAACGUCCAGAAAACUAUUAAGCGAAAAAUGUCUGGACGCUACAAAAUACCAGACCAUGUUCGCAUAUCUCGAGAUUGUCAACACUUACUCUCUUGCAUGUUUGUCCCAAAUCCCUCUAAGAGAAUUUCAAUAAAAGAGAUCAUGAGUCACCCCUGGUUUUUGAAGAACUUGCAAUGGGAACUGACAGAACCAGCCCAAGCAAUCUACUACAAGAAGGAUAAUCCAACCUUCUCUCAUCAAAGUGUGGAAGAAAUCAUGAAGAUCGUGGGGGAGGCAAGAAAGCGGCUGCGUGCAUCAUCGAAAAUCAACAUGGGUUACAGAUCAGAAACUGAAGAGGAUUACGAGACAGGGCUAGAAGAAGAUUACGAUUCAUGGGAAGAAGAAGAGAAUUACGAGACAGGGUUGGAAGAAGAUGAAGAUGAGUACCUAUGAAAUGAUGGUGAAAGAAAUUCAUAAAGGAUAAAAUACUUGGUACUAAAUAAUCAUGGUUCUCCUAUAAUUAUAAGCACAUACAAUAUAAUAUUAUCAACAGACUUUUACGUUCUAAAUAUGUUCAUAUAUUGUUAGUUGAUGGUCGUGGAGUCUAAGCUACAAAUUAUUUCUCUAUUGUCACUUGUUAUUAUAUUACUAAAUAUAAUACAAUGUAGUUGAACUUA